UCAAUGGCGUCCGACGGCGCCAAAGUCAAAGUGCGAUGAUGUCAAGCAGCGGAGUGGAAACAGCUCAGAGCCCGCUGCUCUCCUCCAGCUUCUGUCCCGGCUCGUGGUCGUGUGCCUGUGCAAAGAGCUGGUCGGACGCCAUGUGGAACGGCCUCCCUGACCCGCUGCUGACCGCUGCCCCCAGAGGCUCCACCCCCAGAGGCUCCGCCCCUAGAGGCUCCACCCCUAGAGGCUCCACCCCUGAGCCCUGGCUCCUCCCCGGCUGCAGCUCCGUGUUCGACAGCCUGGUCAGUAACGCGUCUCCGGUCCCGUCUCCUCCGGCUGUCAGCGGUCUUCGAGGACGAGAAAGAGCUGUCAGCAACAAAUCUAGCAGGCCGUCCAUCCUGGAGCGUUGUAUCCUCAAAGUGUCCACCAGCAGCGUUGCUGUUGGGACGGACGAUCUGGACAACAAGAGGCCCCCCUACGACCGCUGCUACCCCGUCCUCCUGGACCCGGCCAACACCGAGACCAACGGCGCCGUUCUGAAGCGGCGGCAGAAACAGAUCCAGUACGGCAAAAACACCAUCGGCUACCAGAACUACCUGCAGCAGGUCCCCAAGCACCUGAGGGACGCUAAGCUCCACCCCUCUACUCCCAACAAGUACAGGAAGUACAGCCGGCGCUCCUGGGACAUGCAGGUGCGUCUGUGGAGGCGAGCGCUGCACCUGUGGGACCCUCUGAACGACAGCCAGCCGGACGGAGCCAACACCCUGGACCCAGUGGAGCAACUGCAGAGCCAGCUGGCGAAGAUGACCUCUGACCUGUUUGAGGACGGAGGAGACAAGCAGAGAGAGAAGGAGACUCCAGCAGCCUCUAAAGCCUCCUCUGUGUCUCCUCUGUCGGCCGUGACGUCUCUGGAGCUGCCUGGACCCUGGAACGUCCCACUGUCCCCGGAGGCUGAGAUGAACCACAGGACUCUCCGUUCUCCUCCAGGACUCGGCUACUCCUUCAGGAGGCAGCUGACCGCCGGAGACAACAUGACCGACUGGCUCCGCCUCCUGCUGGAGGCCGACGGCGUCCCAGAUUUCGGUUCUGAUGACCAGCAGGUUCCUGUGUUCUCCGACCAGCUCUUGUGGAAUCCGUACUGAUCGAUCCGAAACAAACAACGGAGCAUCGUCUGUCAACGUCUCGACUCCUCGAUGAUGAUGUGGAUCCGGCUGAGUUUGGAGUGAAGUUGGUGUGUUUCCAGUAUCCAGGGCAUUUGUCUUUUUAAGAUGGUUGAAUAGUUACUAUAACGACAGCAGGGAUGUGAUUGGUCCUGAUCCAUGAGGAGGGCUGCGACCUGAAGAGAACCCAGAGGAACCGCCUCCUCUCUCAGCUGAACGCUUGACCCGAGCAUGGAACUAUAGUUUACACUUUAUAUAUUUCUGUUGAACUGAUGGAGCACUUCUCACCUGCAUCGUGUUUUAGUUUUAGAGUCCUGCACUGAUGGAAAAGCUAUUUAUUUUGUACUUGGAGCCACUUAUUGAGUUUGGUGUCACUUUAUCGCCUCUCUGCAGGCUGUUGUCUUUGGUCCACCGUCACUUCAUGCUCUGAUGUCUGUCUGGAUCAGGCUCCAGCUCCUCCUGUUUUCUCAAAAACAAAACCCUGUUUGAUGGGGGGAGGGA